AUGCGGAGAUCAGUUGAGAUUCCUAGGUCGCCAAGUGGUUAUGGGUUUCGUUUGAAGAACGAACGUCCCUGCCUCAUAGAUCAUGUUUUAACUGGGUCUAGUGCAGAAAAAUCAGGGGUUAGGGCUGGCGAUAUAUUGCUCAAAGUGAACGGUGUGAAUGUGAUUAAUGUUACUCACGAAGAAGUUGCCUCGUUGAUUUGGCAAUGCCAUGAAAAGUUGUUCAUAGAGGUUGAGUCACAGGAAUCAAAGUUUAGCCAAUGCAUCAUUGGUCCUUUGGAAUCCAGUCAUCAAAAUUCACACUGUAUGACUAGUUCAAAACACAAAGCUUAUAGUAGAACGACCUCCGUGUUUGUUUAUGCAGGCUGUGUAUUGGUGCCUACUGAUUUUAAGUCAUGUACUGAAGAACUAUCAAUUCUAAGGAGGAAAACUAACUCAGUGAUUAAUAAAAUACAUGUCCGUGCGAUAUCAAUAUGUAUAGUCGAUAUCUGUUUUGGUGUUCUCCAGGUUCUUCUUCAUGACACAUAUACUGCUAAAUACCCGGCUAGCUGUUUGUACUCAGCUGGUCAUGUUGAUUUCGAUGAAAAGUUUCUUUACAUUGUUACUCGCAAUAAGACUAAAUGUAAUACGAACACGAAGAAAGUCAGUGGGAACCUUGGAGAAAAUGCUUCUGUUCAGUCAAUGAACUGUCAUGUAUUCAGAACACUACCAGCAAAAUUUUUAUCACAUCCGGGUCAUAUAACGAUUGCAAAGACGUUUGGAAUAAUCUGUUCAUAUGACCGCUUGACUGGUGAAUGCUGUAAUUUUCCUUCCAGCACUACUUGUGCAUUGUCCCAUUUACACACUAUGCUGGAGGAUCCAGGCAUACACAGCACUAUGAGUACUGGGGAUCUUCGGAGCGUUUCACGACGAAGUUCCGAAAUUUAUCACAGUUCGGUUGAUGUUUCUUCGACAGAAUUUCACAUGGAAUCAAAUUCAAUAGCACCAAGUUUCCAGGAUCCAAACUAUCAUGUUAAUCAGCCUAAAAGAUCACGUAAUUCUCUUCCUGAACCAAUAAAUCCUAACUUGAUCUCAAAGUUUUUGAAGGUCACUUCAUCUUUAAGUUCACGAUUUGUGAGUUCAAAGAAUUCUUUGGAAACGGUAAAAAUAAAUUGUGAUGAACAACCACCGAAAAUUAGUUGUUUUAGUUCUACUAUUGAAAAUGAAGAUACUGAAAAUAUAGAGCCACCUAAUAAUCCGUCAACUGCGUCAUCAAAUCCAAUAUCAUGGGCGGAAGAUUUUGAUAACCUUCUAAAUGACCCUGUUGGUUGUAAUGAAUUUAGGAAAUUUCUGAUAACAGAAUUCAGCAAUGAAAAUCUUGAUUUUCUGCUUUCAGUCCGUAGAUGGCGUCAUGUCUUCGAAACCGGAAAUGUGAAAAAAAAAGCAAAUGAGAUAUUCGAUAAAUUCUUAGUUCCUGAUGCUCCUCAAGCUGUAAACAUAGAUCAUUUAGCUAUAAAGUCUGCCUCAUCUUGUUUAUCACAUCCUCACGUAGAUAUGUUCUUGGAAGCUGAAAAUCAGGUAUAUACAUUAAUGAAAACCGAUUCAUUCCCACGUUUCUUAGAGUCUUCUAACUAUUUAUCCAUACUAAAUCAUUUCAAGGUAAAUAAAUCUUCCAGAAAGUCAACUGUGCGAAACCAAUCUAAAAUUUUUAAGAACAAGUCAGAUGUUUCUAUAGAUAGAAUGUCUUCGAAAAUAUCAACAACUACUAACCAACUUCGCAAAGAUGAGGAUAGAUUGAUAUCAUCGCAAGUAAACAGUUGUACACAUGGUAGUUCUCAAGUGAACAAAACUAAAAGUGUAGAUAUGCAUAGAAGUGAUAAUACUGCUACUCCUAGCGCUGAGAUCAAAGACAAAUUGAAUAAGGAAUUAAACCCUAAAAGUUUCAAGUCCAAUUUAUUGAGAUUGAAAAGUAUGAACAUGAUCUCCCGCGGUUCUAGGAUGGCCAACAGUCCAUGUUCAGUUUUAAGUGAAUCUUCAAAACAAAAUUCCUUUGCUAUAAAGUAG